ACGAAGACGAGCGCCGCCAACCACUCUCUGUCCUUCGCAGCUAUGUUCGCCAACUGUCAGCCGCAGCCGACAACACUGAACAUAUGCGCAGGAAAUUGCGGACCCUCUACAAGGAGAUGAGACUAAAGGGAUCAGAUCUCAGCUUCAAUACCUGUAGGGAGCAGCUGCUGGAGUCAGUCAACUUAUACUCUAAAACCACCCUGGUGCUUGACGCCUUGGACGAGUGCGAAGGCGACUCUCGUUGUCAGCUACUUGAGAUGGUAGACUUUCUGCUAUCAGAAGCAGAACGGCCUAUUAAGAUCUUCAUUGCGAGUCGGCCUAACGCUGAUAUUAGGGACCAGUUUCUCGCCCGGCCGCACAUUGAAAUCCAAGCUACUGACAACCAGAACGACAUCGAGAAAUUUGUCAACAGAGAGAUCGUCAAGCACCGACGCUGGAAUAGGUUUUCUGCGUCUCUGCGAGGAGAGAUCGUCAAGACCCUCCUUAACCGGAGUGACGGAAUGUUUCAGUGGGCAUACCUACAAGUCAAGCAGCUGCUGGAACUCCGGACCGAAGCAGCUGUACGAGAUCGUCUUGGAAGACUCCCAAUCGGUCUCGAGGCAGCAUACGACGAGAUAUACGCCAAAAUCGCGGCCCGAAACCAGCAUGAGAGAAUUCUUGCAGACCGUGCCUUCACAUGGGUGAUGUGUGCCUGCCACCCUCUCGACAGUGCUGCCCUUUUAUCUGCGGUACGUCUGGACCCAGGCGGCGAUGUAUCCGAGGAAAUCGACGAAGAUGUACUCUUGGAUAUUUGCAAUAACCUGCUUGUCCUCGACUCCCAGUGCAAGGUCUGGAGAUUCUCACAUCUGUCGGUCACCGAGUACUUUGAACGAAAUCAUUGGAGUCUUGAGCAGGCGCAUUGCCAUGCUACCAAAGUUUGCCUUCUGAUUCUUAGCGAGGCGGAUAAGACAUAUGGCGGCAUGAUCGAAUAUGCUGCAACGUACUUGGGAUUCCAUGCUCGCCAGGCAGGCAGAUCUGCGCCAAGUUUCGCAUCUACCAUGGAGUUCCUGCGGAAGAAACGGAAGCCAUCCAAGAGCUACGAGAUACUCCUCCGCCAAUAUUCCAGGGGAAGGCCACCCGACGAUAUCUCAGGAGCACAUCUCGCAGCACACUUUGGGCUGCUACAAUGCCUGGCCGAUCUCGCGGCCGAGGGGUGGGACCUUGAUAGCAAGGAUGAAAACGGUGAGACGCCGUUGUUAUGGGCAGCCCGCAACGACCAGGAAGACACGGCCAUGUGGCUGCUCCAGCAUGGCGUCGAUCUUGAAGUCAGAGACUUCGAGCUAAAGUCUGUGUUGCACCAUGUAGUUCUUCGCAGAUGGGAGAGGCCGCUGUUGUUCCUUCUCGAAAAGAAUGCAAAAAUCACGGCUGACAUCAAGAACAUGACCCCGGUACAUUACGCCAUUUAUUCAUGGUGGGAGGAAGGGAUUGGUAUUUUUAUCAAUGCCGGAGUGUCAAUCAAUACCUUUGUCCACAGACUGCGGUACCACGAGGCUCUCCGAGAUGGGCGUCAGGUCUAUGAGCAAGGCAGUAGCCAACACGAACCGCAGAGAAACGCCAGCCUCAAUCAGGGACUUACUCCUCUACACCUCGCGGCUCUUAGUGGAUUACAGAAACCGGUCCGUUUCCUUCUUGACCGCGGAGCCGAUCCAACCGCGAUGUCUGAAUACGACGAGACUCCGCUACACCUUGCGGUUCGUCGGGGACUGAGUUGCAGUUGCUGCGAGGUUUGGGACGCCGCCUGCGACGUUUGGGACGCCGCGGAAUCUAGGAUCGAAACCGUGCUUGAUUUCAUCGAUAUCUCAGACGAAGAGGAAUAUGUUGACCAUAUCGAAUACAUUCUCAGAGAGUUGUCCGGUCUUAUCAUAGAUCUACUACGUCACCCAGCAAGCGCCAUUAACGCCCGGACUUCGGAUGGGUCGCAGGCACUACACCUCGUCCGUUAUGGCCACUGGAGUUCGGCGACACUAGUCAACGUACUAGUGAAGCACGGUGCCGGCGUGUCGGGGCGGAACUCUAAACAACAAACGCCGCUGCUUCUUGCCUGUGCGGAAGGAGAUGUGGAGGUGGUGCGGCUAUUACUGAACAAUGGAGCGCUUGUUACGGAAUCGGACGACGAGGGUCGCAACGCGCUGCACUAUGCGGCAAUGGGCGGAAAAAAAGAAACCGUGUUGUUGAUCCUCGACGCGGCUAAUAAACUUGGGCUUAACCUUGUCCUGUCCCGAGACAGGGAUGGUCGAAACGCCUUGCACCAUUUACUUGGAAAGCCACUGUUCUGGGAUUGUAAAGUCUUACAACCGCUGUUGGAACAAGGGGCCGAGGUGAACGGAGUAGACAAGCACGGCAUGACUCCACUGGUUCUUUACAUCAGCCAGUGGUUCCUCCUCCAUCCGAAAGACGUUAUUGAAAACCUCCUCCAUUGGCAGGCGGAUAUUUCCCAUAGGACACCCGGCGGCCGCCUAGGAUUGGGACACACCUACGCUAGUUCCGUUAAGCUAGACGUAGACGUCCUUAAACUACUCGCCGGCGCCGGUCUUAAUCUCCGUGACACAGACGCUGAAGGGAAGACAGUUCUCCACCACAGCGCACAGGCUGGCUCGCUGACUCAACCGGCGCUGGAGUAUCUGAAUAUUGUUGGAUUGUCACCGAACGAUAUUGACGCUGCGGGAAUGAGAGCCUUGGAUUACGCGACUGAGAUGAGCAGCAGGGAACAUGAUCCGAUGAUUUUCGAUCCUGAUCGCUGGAUAAGGACCGUGGAAAUCCUAACGGCACCGUUCGGAGAUUCAGAGGACUAGGGGUUUAGCCGCUGUCAAGUGCGAUACCGUAACACGUUGCCUCGCUACGAGAAUUGCCCCAGGUCUCAGGUGGGCUACAUCGAGAUAAUAUCCCGAUGAGGGCGGAGGCACGCGGCCUAGGCGCUGAUGUCUGUUGUUUACCACGCCAUGUACUUCAUCAUCUUCUAGAUCUUCCCGUU